AUGGCGGACGAUAUUGUCGCGAUUCAGAAAAAGUUUGGCAGUCUUAACGAGUAUAGCAUACAAGUGAAUAGAUGGCUCUCAAAAACAAUAGGCGUAUGGCCAUUUACAUCCACCACAUCGAAAUUCGAAAAGAUAAUGACAAAGAUUCUAAUUAUUGUCUGUUCGAUCAUCGCUCUAUUCGUUACAAUACCGAGCAUGUUACACUUCAUUCUCGUGAAAGAAGAUAUCAUAACAAAACUGAAAAUGACUGGUCCUAUAAUUUAUUGUAUUGGCGGAGGGCUUAAUUAUGCAAUAUUAUUGUUUCUUAGAGACGAUAUACGUUAUUGUAUAGAGCAUAUAGAAGCCGAUUGGAAGACGAUCACUAGGACAGGCGAUCGGCAAGUAAUGUUUAAAAACGCAAAAAUUGGUCGUAUCAUUUCUGGUUGCAUCGGAAGCUUCUUGCAAUUUAGUACUAUUUCUUACUGCACCGUAUUUGGAGUUUUCAAACAGACAAUCAAAAUCGGCAACGAAAGUAUGGAAAUACACGUCUUACCUUUUCCAACCUAUAAAAUUCCAGUUGAUACUAAUCUAGAGCAUGGUAUUGUUCUUGGUUUUCAAUAUCUGACAGCAUGCAUUAUGACUGCUACUAUUAUAAUCGCUUUCAGUCUUGCUACAGUAUUUGCAUGCCACGCUGUUGGCCAGUUAACUAUAAUGGUUACUUGGAUCGAAGAAUUUGUAAAUCGGCCGCAAGAAGAAAAGAAGAAUAUGCGCAUUAAUGAAAUAAGUGUAAUCAUUGAACAUCAUUUAAGAAUUCUAAGUUUCCUAGAACGUACUGAACAUCUAUUAAACCCAAUAUAUUUCAUGGAAAUGUUCAAGAAUAUAUUAACUACAUGCAUGCUUAGCUAUUGCAUUCUUGUGGAAUGGUCAGGACAUGAUAUUAAAGUCCUUAGUGCAUAUAGUUUUACAAUAACAAAUAUAAUUUUAAGCUUGUUUUUAAUAUGUUAUAUCAGUGAAGUAUUAAAUGAAAAAUGUAAGGAAAUUGGUAACAUAGUUUACAUGACAAAUUGGUAUCGAUUAUCUGAUAAAGAUAUUCUUAAUCUGAUUAUGAUUAUUAUACGAUCUAGUGUAGAAUACAAAAUGACUGCUGGAAAAAUAAUUGAUAUGUCGGUGAUCACAUUUAGUAAUAUAAUAAAAACUAUUUUUGCAUAUUUAAAUAUAUUACGCCAAGUGACAAUAUUGUAA